AUGUUUGUUAAUAGGUUUAAGGUGGUACAAAAGAUACCACAAAUUGUAAGAAAUUUUUCCUGCUCCAAAAAUCUUUUAAGCGAAGAGCUCUUUGUACACCGUGAUAGUAAUGAUAACAAUCCGCAGAUACCGUUUGAAUUUACAGAAGCUAACAUGACGAGAUUAUGUGCAAUCAUCCAGAACUAUCCCCAGGGCUGUCAGCGGUCAGCUCUCUCUGCGGCUAUGGAUAUAGUUCAAAGACAGAUUGGCUGGAUUCCCAUAUCAGCCAUGCAUAAAGUGGCUGAGGUGCUUAGUAUUCCACGGAUGAGGGUGUAUGAGUGGGCUACGUUUUACACUAUGUGUAAGAGGCGCUACAGAGGCAAAUUCAACGUGAAGGUCUGUGUAACGACGCCCUGCAUGCUUCGUGGUUCAGAUGUCAUUCUCCAAGCAGUCGAAGAGGCGACGUGCUGCUGCGCCGGGAGCCUAUCAGCUGAUCGUAUGUUCGGUGUCGACGUCGUGCAGUGCCAGGGCGCAUGCGCUAAUGCCCCGGUUCUGGUUGUUGAUGAUGAUUACUAUGAGGAUGUAAAUGUAUGUGAUGUCCACAACAUUAUACAAACACUAAAAAGUGGAGGUAUACCACCUUGUGGACCGCAGAGUGGAAGGUUUGCUGCAGAACCUAUAACAGGACUUACUACGUUAUGCGAAUGUCCACCAUCGCCAGGAUUCGGUAUUCAAGCAGGCUUAGGUGAUGCAUCCCCUCCUUUACCUCGUUGCUAA